AUGGGCAACAAAGUCUCAGCCGUGCACGGAGUGAAGUCGGAUCAUUUCUACUACCAGGGUAACGCAAUCAACGAAAUCUGGGUUGGAGACGUCGAAAUUGUCUCACGUCUGCCCUUCGGUGACUCAGAUCAAGAACAAGCUGGGUGGCCAGCUGGCGGCGUUCCAAAGAUCCCGUGGCAUCAUUUCAUCAUUCCAAUGCACAAAAGAGACGAGGUCGGCAACAUGAGCGGCAGGGACAUCUUUCUGAAUAACCAAUACCGGCAAUGCACUUGUGAGGGAUGGCUUCCCAAAAAUGGGUACCUGGAAAUGUACACGGGAAUCGACCCUCACGCCGCAGAAUUGAUCGCGAUGCUUUCGUUUUCGUUCGCAGGAGCUUUGGCUUUUGUAUACUUGGGACAGGUUUCUAGUGCUUUCACUAUCUUUAAAUCGUCGUGUUCGGUAUCCAAAUGGUUAUCUGACCGUGGCAUGGAUGGAACUGAGCUCAAACGCCAAUCACUAUAUCGGUUUCGGAGCUCACUUCUGCGAGCUGCCAUGCUGCUGCCUCUUUUGGCUCUAGUUGUGGGUCUGGCACUGCCUGCCCUCGCUGCCGCUACUCAAAAGCGAAAUGCCGCUGCUUUCAUUAUUUCCCGUAUUGUGUGGUACAUCGCUGGAGGAUUCUCGGGUCUGCUGAUUGCUCCUCUUCUCAACAUAUACCUGACGAUACGACAGGAAUCAUGGCCAGGGGAUAUCCAAAUGGAUCUUCGGGAUUUGGCAUCCAGCGGCAGUUCCGUGGGAUUGGAACACGUUGAGCAUGCAGCCAAAUGA